UCUGUGCCCAGCUAUUCAUUGCUUUCUCCUCUCGACUUCCCUGGAAAAAAAUUAGGACUUAAUUUCCCACAAACAAAUAAUAUUAACCAUAGUUUCCAUGGUAAAGCUGCUGCUGCCUUGUGACCAUGAGGUCACGGGUUCAAGUCCUGGAAACAGCCUCUUACAGAAAUGUAGGGAAAGGCUGCGUACUAUAGACCCAAAGUGGUCGGAUCCUUCCCCGGACCCUGCGCAAGCGGGAGCUACAUGCACCGGGCUGCCCUUCUAUAGUUUCCAUGGGCGCUGGAUUCUCCUGGGUGAAUAAUUUUUUGGGAUGAAUAAUUUGUGGUAGUGAUAAUCUCUCAACUCUCAAGUGAUCACCAGAAAAUAUAUUGGAAGCAUUCAGUUAUGUAGGAACCUGAUGCAAUGGUAAUCCAAGAUUUGUUGUCUCCUGUAUGUUAAUACAUUAUACUGCUGUUGUGAGUGUUAGCAUCCUGAAGAGAGGUCGGGCAACAAAGACUUGUGAAUUACAACAGCGCUAGAUGGGGGGGGGGGGGGGGCAAACCAGCUGGGAGAGAAAUAUUUGUAGUGUAGUAGGAUUUCAGAGUGAUCAGAGCUGGAAUUUAGGAACUGAGAGCGUUGUUUAGUCGUUGCUUGAUCAAAAGAUUACAUGGUCACCUGGCCAGACCUUUGGGCAUCACUGUGCUCUACUGAUUCAUCAGAAGCACCAAUCUGCUGGCAUGCUUUUGCUGCCUGGAGAGCAAUGAUAUGGUUAGUUGAUUCAAAAUACAGCUAACGUGUUCAACUACGCCACUACUAUUCCUGGCCUUCCAGGUUAUGAGAGCAUCUCCAGCCGUUGAGCCCCCCAGGAGGCAUUUUUUUCGCCUCUUGGGGGGCUGGCGGCGAAAUUUUUUGUCUGGGAUUGAGAAAAUAUCCACUCGUUGCCCUCCCACGCACCUAUCCCCGCCACGACCACCACGCGAACCGCAGAACCGGCUGGCGCUCCGCGGCGGCGGGCUACCUCUGCUUCCUCCUCUUCCUCGAGCUCCCCUCCAUCUCCGUCGCGCCCGUCCCUACCGCCGACCGCCCGCGCCGCCGCGAGCUCGAGGCCCUUCCCCCUCCCCGCCCGCCCCGGAUUCCUGCCCCGCCCGGUCGCGAACCAGCCGGAGAGCAUCAUCGACCCGGCCGCCUCCGUCGUGGCCAGGAAGGACGGCCGGCACCAGCAGCAGCCGCAGCACUGCGUCGUCAUCGUCGGCACCAUCUUCGGGAGCCGCAGCGGCCGCGUGACCUUCUGCGUGCAGCGCGACCCCGCCGUGCCGCCCCCGUUCCUCUUCGAGCUCUCCGUGCCCGUGCAGUCCCUCGCCGCCGAGAUGGCGUCCGGCCUACUCCGCAUCGCGCUCGCCUUCGCCGCGCCUGCGUGCUUGCGCGGCCGCCCCACCAACCUCCGUUCGGGCGGGCCCGUGCUUGUGCCGCGCCUGCGCACCGCGUGCUCGCCCGUGAGCGGCAGCGGCGAGCAGGAAGAGCAGGGCGCGGGCGGCCUGCGCCCCGCCCGCGCCCGCACACCGCGAGCUCGCCCUCAGCGGCAGCGGCCUGGAACCGGCGUGGCAGGAGCGGUCGAGGCCAGCUGGGCGACGGCGUACGCGGGCAGCGGCGUGUGGAUUGCGGACGGGCGCGACUGCGAACGGGGAGGCGUGGCAGCCUCGGCGACGGAAUCGAGUGCCGCCGGUUCCAGGCCGAGUGCACCGGGCAGGAGAAGGGCGACCGGUGGCGCCUCUAGACGAAGCAGUCCGGCGGCGGGAGCGCGCGCCACCGCCCGUCCCGCGGACGAGAAGGCGAGCGCCACAGCGGCCACGCCGGGGAGCGAGACGACGGCGGCGAGGUGGCUGAGGCAGAGCUUGUAGCAGUUGGUGCGGAGCAGCACACGUGGAUCAAGAGGGGAGCAGGGAGGCGUGGGGUAGGUGGUAAAAGGGGAGGGAGAGUGGGAAAAGGGGCUGACUGUGGGUCAGUUGCGGCCAAAAAAUAGCGCCGGUGCCCCCAGCUCGCCCCCAGGUAGCUGGGUUCGGGUUAGGAGCGCCGGCCGUAACUUUCGUCAAAUCCGGCGAAAAAGGAGGUCUUGGGUGCAUGGCUGGGGCGAUUUUUUACAACCGGCGCAAAAAAAGUGGUCCUGGGGAGGCUGUUGGGGAGCCUAGUGGAGAUGCUCUGAAAUACUAUGGUUUGUUUUGUGCUGUUCCUGGCCCAUUUCCUCUCAGCUUUCAUAAUUGAAUAAAAGGCAUUGUAUAGCUUUCCUCCAAUCCUGCUACAUGCAUCUGUCACCAUGGCAUAACUGCCAACAUCUGGGUGCAGAAAGGAAUCUGUUUAGAAGGCUUUCGAGUCGGAAGCAAGGAAGUCACAGGCCUGCUUUCCUGGUUAAGGAAAACUGUCUGGAAAAGAAAAUAGUUGUUGCCCCAAAAUUUGUUAGAGGAAACAGGUUGGGGAAACAGGGCAAGCAAAUACUAGGAAGCAAGUCGGUCUGAAAACCAGGAAGAAGGGCUGCUGAGGAGGUUAUAGAGUUGAAGAGUGAUCCAUAUGUCUGUUUGGCAACUUUGCUAGCCAGUGAAAGUAAAAUUACUCAAAGAGUCUUGUGAAAGCGGGAUUUGCUCGUCUCAGUGAAAAUUGUAAAACAUGCUUUUGAUGUUACUGCUACUGCUCAUAAAUGGACUAACUAGUUUUAUUUUGGUGACAGUUUAAGCCAAGCAUGGA